AUGGCGGCCGCGCCGGCGCAUCUCCACGUCGAAUCCAUACAGACCGCGAUCCCGAUACGCAUCGCGGUGGAGCGCGGCCGGACGCUUCCCAUCGCCGUGUCCGGAACGCCGCCGAUCACCGCUGAGGAGCUGCAGCGCCGGUUCCGCGUGGUGCUCUACUACCGCGACGCGGACGGCGAUCACCGGCCGGACGACGAGGCGAGGGCGCGGCUCGAGCAGGCUACGUGGGUGCAGGAGGCGCUCAGCGCGGCGCUGUCCGACGAGCCGAAGAUGGCUGGGCGGCUGCGGCGGCGCUCCCGCGGUGACGGCCCGUGGGAGGUGAAGCUGAACGACUCGGGCUUGCGGCUGCUCACGGCGUCGGCGGACACGACCAUGGCAGCGUUCCUGGAGGCCGGUGACCGGGGGAGCAAGGAGGCCGCGCUGGCUCUGUGGACCGACGUGGACACGCAGGACCCCGAGAUGUGUGCACCGUUCUUCAUGCAGUUGACAUGGUUCAGCGACGGCGGCUACGCCAUCGGCGCGUGCUGCAGCCUGCUCCACGCCGACCCGCUGUCUCUGAUCAACUUCCUCAAGACGUGGGCUCGAGCGCACGCCGAAGUGCAGCAGCAGAGCAAGCUCGUCCUCAACCCGGUGAUCCGGUACACGCGCUAUUUCCGCAGCCCGCGCGCCGCCACCAAGCGCCUCAGGUCCUUUCCCCUCGUCCCCACGGCCGACGGCGCCACCACGACGACAACCGUGCUCUUCAGGAUCGUCGGCGAUGAUGCGCCGGCAGACCGCGGCGCGCUCGCCGAUGCGUGCGUCGCCCAGGCCAGCGAGAAGCUGGGGCUCGAGAGGCCGGCGCGGUUCACGGUUCUCGCCGGCGACGGCUUGGGAGGGCUGAACGUCGUGCGCGCGUCCAAACCGGGAGUUGACGGAGAGACCACGCCGCAGUGUCCUGUCCAGGAGCUUCGAGUCGCAUGCUGGAACGAGGCCGGUCUCGAGGAGGUCGUGCUGGAUGGGUGCAAGCCUCUGCACGUCUCGUGCGAUAUCGUCUCGCCUUGCGCCGACGAGGGGCUUGUCGUUGUGAUGCCGGCAGCGGCAGGGUGUGCCGAGUUCUUCAUCAGUGCAACUAUUCCGAGCUAG